AUGAAGCACGUAACAAAACAAGAGUUCAUUGCCUCGCUAAGAAGGAAAAGUAGCGGUUUCUCAAGGGGAGCAUCAAUUUACAAGGAUGUUACGAGGCAUCAUCAGCAAGGUCGAUGGCAAGCAAGAAUUGGUCGUGUUGCUGGGAAUAAAGAUCUCUACCUUGGAACAUUUGCUACUGAGGAGGAAGCAGUAGAGGCAUAUGAUAUAGAUGCAAUAAUGUGUUAUUAUUCAGUAAUUCCGUCUUUUUGGAUUUUGAAAUGCGAAAUUGAAACCACAGGACAGACUGGAGGUACAGGAGAAAUCGAACAGGAUGAAAACAAUGGGGACAACAUAAGUCCUUUAUCGCCAAUUGCUCAUGAUGUUCCAGAAUAUGUCAGUGUUGUACCACAUACUUCCGAAAAGAUUCUUAUAAGGUCAAAUCGAACAUCAAAGGCUCCAGAAAAAUUAAAGGAAUUUGUUACAUAUGAAACUGUCAGUCAUCCUAUACAGUCGCAUUUAUCAUACUUCAAUGUAUCCUUGUCUCUAUUCAGCCUUUAUAACUUCGUUGUCUUCAACUCAAGAGCCGAAUAA